GGAGUUUACUGUUUUUUUAAGUCAAGACAUAGACAACAGCACUGUGGUCUGAAGCUAUUGUAGAGGUUUGCCAGAGGAGGCCUUAGGAUGCUCGUAAGUCAGGCUGAGGCAUCAGGGAAGGCUUCUGGCAGGAGAUGGUGCUUUCUCCAAGUCCUAAGGGAGGAGCCGGCUCAAUCAGGCAUCAAAUGAUGGCAGCAGCCCCAGGGCAUCCUGUUCUCUCCAAAUUGCAGUUUGCCCCCUUUAGCAGUGCCUUGGAUGUCGGGUUCUGGCAUGAGUUGACCCAGAAGAAGCUGAACGAGUACCGGCUGGAUGAAGGCCCCAAGGACAUUAAGGGUUAUUACUGCAAUGGUGAUUCUGCUGGGCUGCCAGCUCGCUUAACGUUGGAGUUCAGUGCUUUUGACAUGAGUGCCCCCACCCCAGCUCACUGCUGCCCGGCCAUUGGAACACUGUAUAACACCAACACCCUUGAAGCUUUCAAGGCUGCGGAUAAGAAGCUACUUUUGGAACAAGCAGCAGACGAGAUAUGGGAAUCCAUAAAAUCGGGCGCUGCCCUCGAAAACCCUGUCCUCCUCAACAAGUUCCUCCUCUUGACAUUUGCAGAUCUGAAGAAGUACCACUUCUACUAUUGGUUUUGCUCCCCCGCUCUCUGCCUUCCAGAGAGUAUACCCCUCAUUCAGGGACCAGAGGGCUUGGAUCACAGGUUUUCACCAAAACAGAUUCAAGCUCUUCAGCGUGCAUAUGAUGAUCUUUGUCAAACAGAAGGAGUCCCAGCGCUACCUUACUUCUUAAUCAAGUAUGAUGAGAACACGGUGCUGGUUUCCUUGCUUAAACACUACAGUGAUUUCUUCCAAGGUCAAAGGACGAAGGUAACAGUUGGUGUGUAUGAUCCCUGUAACUUAGCCCAGUACCCCGGAUGGCCUUUGAGGAAUUUUUUGGUGCUAGCAGCCCACAGAUGGAGUAGCAGUUUCCAGUCCGUCGAAGUCCUCUGCUUCCGGGACCGCACCAUGCAGGGUGUGAGAGAUGUCGCCCACAGCAUCAUCUUCGAAGUGAAGCUUCCAGAAAUGGCAUUUAGCCCAGAUUGUCCCAAAGCAGUUGGAUGGGAAAAGAACCAGAAAGGAGGCAUGGGACCGAGGAUGGUGAACCUCAGUGAAUGUAUGGACCCUAAAAGGUUAGCAGAGUCAUCAGUGGAUCUAAAUCUCAAAUUGAUGUGUUGGAGGUUGGUCCCUACUUUGGACUUAGACAAAGUAGUGUCUGCCAAGUGUCUGCUGCUUGGAGCCGGCACCUUGGGUUGUAAUGUAGCUCGGACACUAAUGGGCUGGGGCGUCAGACACAUCACAUUUGUAGACAAUGCCAAGAUCUCCUACUCCAAUCCUGUGAGGCAGCCUCUCUACGAAUUUGAAGAUUGCUUAGCAGGUGGGAAGCCCAAGGCCCUGGCUGCAGCAGACCGGCUCCAGAAAAUAUUCCCCGGAGUGAAUGCCAGAGGGUUCAGCAUGAGCAUCCCCAUGCCCGGACAUCCAGUGAACUUCUCCAGCGUCACCCUGGAGCAAGCCCGCAGGGAUGUGGAGCAACUAGAGCAGCUCAUCGAAAGCCAUGAUGUCGUCUUUCUACUGAUGGACACCAGGGAGAGCCGCUGGCUUCCUGCUGUCAUUGCUGCGAGCAAGAGAAAGCUGGUCAUCAAUGCUGCCCUGGGAUUUGACACAUUUGUUGUCAUGAGACACGGCCUGAAGAAACCUAAGCAGCAGGGAGCCGGGGACUUGCGUCCCAGCCACCCUGUGGCACCUGCCGACCUCUUGGGCUCAUCGCUUUUUGCCAACAUCCCCGGCUACAAACUCGGCUGCUAUUUCUGCAAUGAUGUGGUGGCCCCCGGAGAUUCAACCAGAGACCGGACCUUGGACCAGCAGUGCACUGUGAGUCGUCCAGGAUUGGCCAUGAUUGCAGGAGCCCUGGCCGUGGAAUUGAUGGUCUCCGUUUUGCAGCAUCCAGAAGGGGGCUAUGCCAUCGCCAGCAGCAGCGACGACCGCAUGAAUGAGCCUCCAACCUCUCUUGGGCUCGUGCCUCACCAGAUCCGAGGAUUUCUGUCACGGUUUGAUAAUGUCCUUCCUGUCAGCCUGGCAUUUGACAAAUGUACAGCUUGUUCUUCCAAAGUUCUUGAUCAAUAUGAACAAGAAGGAUUUAAUUUCCUAGAGAAGGUGUUUAAUUCCUCACAUUCCUUCUUAGAAGACUUGACUGGCCUUACAUUGCUGCAUCAAGAGACCCAAGCUGCUGAGAAACAAGCCAAGAAGUUUCAGAGAAAUUCUCAGAGUAAUCCAGAAUCAUCUUCACAAAAGAUAAUACCGGAAAAACUCAGAGGGAUAAAAAGAUAUGCUUGCUAAAAAGAAUAUUUCCCAGCCUCGGCUGGCCCUUCGAGCCAACAAAAGCACAACCUCCGUCAGUGUUUAAUGAGUGAGAGAACGGCUAGAAGAGGGCGGAGGUGCAGGCAGAAGGAGGCUAUUUGAAAGGCCCUAAAGCGCUGCAGCUGUUUGGGCUAAUUUUCUUAAUUUUAGUGAUGUUCCAAGCUCUUUGUCUUCUAUGUGGGGUAAAUUCGUUUGUCUCCCUCGUGAGUCAUCCUGCCCACAAAUAAUCUCUCUUGGAGUAGCCCUUAUGAAAAUAGACAACAGUUCACAUUGCGCUGUGUGAGUUGGCAGUUGUGUGUCCCUUCCCUGGGUGGGCCAUGCUGAAUCUGCUCUGCCCGCAUCCACACAUGUCGGGACUUUAAGGUCUGAGCGUGCCCUUAAAGUGCCGCAUGACGGGAGCACAGAAGGAGACAUCUGGAGUCCGAAAUUGAGGCAGGCAAGGAAAGCUACAGACAGUAGGCCCUGCUCAGCUGGCUGCUCCGUCCUAAAGCUUUCUAGAUUUCACAGAUGUAGCCUUCCCCAAAAGGGUUUUAUGAGAAUUAUCUGCAAAAAGUAGACAACAUCACAGGACAUUCUGUAUAAAUAAAUGUUACUAUCAUUUCAACCUAGAUCUUGCCAAAUUGAGCUUUUUCUUUUAGAUCGUAUUUUCUUUACUGUCUGGCUAGCAGAUCUGACCAGCAUUUUUAUUUAAGAUUUCCCUAGAGAGACACUGAGCUCUUAAAGAUACAGACUAGAAUGGAUAUUGGUUGUUUUUGCUGCCUAGCAGAACCUCCUCUUCCCUCUCGAUUACCUUGAUUUUAUUCUGAGAGACCGUCCAGGACCUCACUCUCAUCCCGUGAGCUUUUCUGGUGGAGUCGGCUCAGGGUUGGAGCAUGUCAUCGAGGCCCAUGACAGUCAACAUGUCAUAUUCCCCUGGCCAUCGUGAUUGGUUCAGAAAUAGGCAUAUGCCUCAGUCAUAGCCAGUGAGACCCAAGGAGACCACCUGGGAGGCUGGGAUCAGGACUGGAGCUUUGCCAGCACAAGCUCUGGGCUGGGGGGGCCUUCUAGUGUCUGUGAGCGGAGAGCCGGAUUGCACAUGGAGACCACACAUGGAAGAGAGCCAAGUCCAGCUGAGCUGAGAGAGGGAGAGGGUGAGGAUAGUCAUAGUGUUAUCCUCUAAGCCCUGAACCAAGCUGCCCUGAAGGCACCUUAUCCUGGUCUUUCUAGGCCUGUGAGCCAUCAAGUUCCCUUUUGGCUUAAGUAAAGCACGGUUGAAUUUUCUGUGCCUUGCAAUUAAGGGGACAUUCAGGGGCAACUCAUUCAGGGGUAAUGCUUCACUUCUACCCAACAUCUAGCAGAGUGCCUGGCAUGUAGCGGAAACUCAGUGUGUGUUCAUUGCAUAAAUUCUCAUUCGGUUGAACAGAUGUUCACUGAACACUUAUGAGGAACAAGAUGUUGUUCUGGAUCCUACAGGGCUGCACUGUCCACGAUCGCAGCCACUAGCCAGAUGUGGCUCUUUAAAUUUAAAUUUAAAUUAAUGGAAAUAAAAUUAAAACUUCAGUUCCUAAGUCACACCCCCCGCAUUUCAAGUGUUCAAUAGCCACAGGUGGCAGAAAGUUCUACAGGGAGCAUUGCUGCUGAGAAUACAAGCAUGCGCGAGGCUCAGGCCAUGCCGCCAAGAAGCUACGCUUAGGACCUGUUGUGCUAAAACUAGCAAAGCAACAGAGGGCGUAACAUACAGAACGAUAGUCUGACUUACUGCAAAGAUUGCUUUAUAAAAGUUCAGCCUUAUUUCUCUCAUGUAUAACUGUUGAUGUAUAAAUUCUAAUUAAGGACAGUCAUACAUCUCUUAAUGAUGAGGGUGUGUUCUGAGAAAUGCAUCAUUAAGCGUUUCGUUGUUGUGCGAUCAGAGUGCACUUACACAAACC